UUCUAACAGUUCUUCUAUUCCAACACAGAUGGUCAGGAAUGGAAAAGGAAUCCAAAAUGAGAAUGCCACAGAAGUGACAGAAUUUAUCCUUUUGGGUCUCUCAGACAAUCCAGACUUGCAAGGUGUUCUCUUUGCAUUAUUCCUGAUCAUCUACACGAUGACACUGGUGGGUAAUUUGGGCAUGAUGGCCCUGAUUAAGAUUGACCGAAGUCUGCACACACCUAUGUACUUCUUUCUCAGCAGCCUUUCUUUUGUUGAUGCCUCUUAUUCUUCUUCUGUCACCCCCAAGAUGCUAGUGAAUCUCAUGGCUGAGGAUAAGAGCAUUACUUUCAAUGGAUGUGCUACCCAGUUCUUCUUCUUCGGGUCCUUCUUGGGAACUGAAUGCUUCCUGCUAGCCAUGAUGGCCUAUGACCGCUAUGCAGCCAUCUGGAAUCCCCUGCUAUACCCAGUUCUCAUGUCUGGGAAAAUUUGUUUCAUGUUGGUUUCUACUUCAUUCCUAGCAGGCUUUGGCAAUGCAGCCAUCCACACAGGGAUGACUUUCAGACUAUCCUUUUGUGGCUCUAAUAAGAUCAAUCAUUUCUAUUGUGACACCCCACCCCUGCUCAAACUCUCUUGCUCUGACACUCACAUUAAUGGCAUUGUGAUCAUGGCCUUCUCCAGUUUCAAUGUCAUCAGUUGUGUUCUGAUUGUUUUGAUUUCUUACCUGUGCAUCCUCAUUGCCAUACUGAAGAUGCCUUCUGCAGAGGGAAGACACAAAGCCUUCUCGACCUGUGCCUCCCACCUCAUGGCUGUCACCAUCUUCUUUGGAACAAUUCUUUUCAUGUACUUGCGCCCUACCUCAAGCUACUCUAUGGAACAGGACAAAGUUGUUUCUGUGUUUUAUACAGUAGUGAUUCCAAUGCUUAAUCCUCUCAUCUAUAGUUUAAAAAAUAAAGAUGUUAAGAAAGCAGUGAAGAAAAUCUUACAUAAUUGUGUGGUUUGAGGUAAGGGUAUAUAUUUUCACCCUAUGUUAAUUGUGUUGCUUUUUUUUUAUACAUACACACAAAUAUACACUGAGACCUGA